AUGAUAGGAGAAACACAAGUAAAAUACUUGGGUUCAUUAUGCCAGCACCACUUGCAAAAGGUAUGGUCCUCUACUUCCUUGAACUUCUACGACUUCUUCCCGGAUCAUCCGGGCGGUGUACUCUCGGCCUUAUCAGUUCCCCACUUCGUAGAGAGUGAGGCUGACCUUUCUCAUGCAGGAAUCAUCAUUACUGUUUCUGUGCUUGUAGCAGCCGGCAUCGCCGUGUACGAGUCACCGCAGUUUCAACAAUGGGUAACCACGUCGCGGCGCAAGAUCGCCUUAGCUCUGCACAACCUCGGCGAUGAGAUCCAACCUCGAAACAUACCCUUGCGGGAAGACAUUUCUAUGACUGAGGAGACUGGAGGAACUGCUGAAGAACGGAGACGGAUUGCUCGUGCAGAGAUCAUGCGGCGAGGGGCACUCCUUGAAUCACGACGGAAGUCCAACCAGCCAAGCCAACCUCAUGGUAGCUUUGAUGCUCUCGUCGACAACGAGGGUAAUUUGCGUAAACAAAAAGACCACGAAUACGAUGUUCAGGCAAAUGAAGAAUUUACUGCUAACUCAACGGGGGUGGACCUGGGAACUUCGGAGCCUCUCCGCCGAGGCAAGCAUAUCGAGUCCGAGUCUUCGACUAUUCCGGGUCGGAAUCAGCUGCAUGUCGACAUUCCCUCGUCUGCUGCCUCAAACCAUCCUUCUGAAUCUAUUAUUCAGUUCACGCCUAGGUCUGAAGCACCCGAGGGGGAUAGUCUCUUCGAUCCGUAUUCUCCAAAGUCUCCGUUGUCUGUCUCUGGCUCCAGCCAUACAGAAGACCACCAGCAGGUAUAUUAUGCACACCCUGAUACGCCAAGCAACAGAACCUAUGAACGAAAUAAUAUUGCUGAGCUAGAUGGUUUCGGCCACGAGAGUGUUCAGUCUCACAAUGAUAUCUCAACCGCUCCUUCAACUAGUGGGAGUUUCAGCCAUGUUGGAGGAUUCGAGGAUGGAACAUCAGAUGAUAGUCUUAGUGACCUUGAUGGGCGAUCUGUUGGUGGUGUGGCUACUCCAGCGUGGUCUGAUGUGGGUAGUGUAAUUAGCAAUGAGGAUGCUGGACAUCCGUUGCUCUGA